AUGCAUUCAAGCUAUUGCCUUCAAUGCAUAGCUCCUUUUCCAACCCCCUCAACACUUGACAGCCCACUGACAGUGCUGGAUUUAUGCACCAAUUUAUCAGCUCCCGCUCGCAACGCGCAGCUACCUACCCCUCCCCCCAAACCAUCGGUGAACGAAACUGCGGCAGCUACAACCACAGUACGACGAGAAGAUCGUCAUUCCACAGACCUAUUCAGGGAAAAUGAUCCAUACCUUAAUCGCUGUUUUUGGCGCUUCAAUCCAUGGACAAUGGCAUCAAAGGGAGAAACUGGAUCGGCAAAUGAACGGCUUCGCAUUCCAGAUCCAACAAUGACCUUGUUUCAGUUUCAUUGUUGGUUGUUAGGACGAUCGGAACAGACUGACCUGGAACGAUUGGAAGAGAAAGCAAUGGCCAGUCCUGAUGAGGACGCACAGGACAUGACUCCAGCCCCAUCGGCUGAUGGUCCACCACUUUUGCCGCCACCACCGAGUGAUAUAAGCGUAUGUGCGACUAGCGCCCAAUAUCUUCUAUCCUUAAUACAGCGAUUCGGUCCAACUUUGAACGCCGCACUCCAGGAAGAUUGGGUGGAGGCAAUGGAAAAUUUAGAACAACAUUUGGCCCCCGGUUUGGCGUUUCUCUACCAAAGUGACAAACAGUCGUUUCAAGUUGUCACCGAAACGCUGAUAAUCUGGGUUUACACAGGACUUGAUCUGUCCACUGCCUUGAGGCAACUGAAUAGUGCAUGUAUCGUUCGGCAUUUGAUGGCUGGAGUGAAAUUGACUGGAUUGGUCACAGGAACUAUUUGUUCACAGGUUGCUUGGUCGCUCCUCUACCCCAGUCUACCCACUACGGUAAAGGGCACGGAAUCACAUCUCGAUAUCCUCCAAGUACAACACUUGCUGCUAAAUCUUUUGGAGUCCCCUCUGAUAACCACACCCUUGCGCCUCGUAAUAUGCCGAGCUCUGGAUCAAACAACUCGCCUUUCGGUAGGUAUGGAUGCUUUCCUUGGACGAGAAUGUCACGUACCCGCAGUGGAUGGGAAUUCGCCUCCGUCGAAGGUCACUGUGCCACUUGCAGAAGAGACUGUGAUGGAUGUCGCCGAUCAGCAAUCGAGAAUAGAUGCGCAUCAGUUAGAGACGGUUGAAGGCAUCCAACUUGCCUCGACUGCCGCACAGGAAAACAACCAAGUAACGGAAGCGGGUGAUAUAGUCAAAGAGAAGGGGGAUACCGAGCAAGAACUCGAAUCAGUAGGAUGUGUGCCCUCGACAAAUCGCACCCCUUAUCAGCGGCUGGUUUUCCUUUUCAGCGCUAGCAGGAACGCCCGAGUCACACACGCCUACCAGUGUCUGUUGAAUAAAAUCCACGCAUAUGAACUAUUCCUGGAAUUUCAUGAACUGAUCGAGACGUUACGCAACGCUGGAUUGGAAGGCGACUCUCCCCAAGAGUGGUUCAAGCUGGAACAUAAGCUUGCUUCUUAUCUUAGCGAAAUCGCCCAUAUACUUCAAAACGCUGAAGAAAUAUUGGCCAAUCCGCGAACAAGAUUGCCGUGUCCAAUACUGUUAGAAGAAGCAAAACGAGUCUGCCACGAUCCAUACCCAGAUUUGUGUUCAUUAAUGGAUAGCACUUCCUUCUUAGAAGACAUGGCUUGGCUGGCUGGAAAAUUCAGUCGUGUGGAACCCGAACAGUCGGAACCUAUGGACACUACCGGGCCCACGGAGCCUUCUACCACAUCCUAUCCCAGUGCGCCCGAACCGAACCUGUUCAGCUCUACCUGUCGCAUUCAUCGUUCUCAGGUCAUCUGGUCUUGCUUCGAGAGACUUUUGUCCAUCAUGUUUUCUGAGGUGAACAGUCUACUUUUGUUCGCUUCUCGUCCAGAACCAACCACCCUUCUUCUGCAUAGUCUGCUAACGGAUGAGCCUCACUCAGUAGAACUUGACGGAACAGGACUGGAAGAAAUGAUCGUCGACAGACUGGUUCUUGGGCUAGAAUUGGCGUAUAAACUGGAAACUGUUCGCUAUGUGGAUUUGUUGAUAGAUUGCACACGAAAAAAGGGUGUCACAGGUAUGCUUUCAGUCGUGUCUCAGCUUUCUCUGCCGAUGGAAGAUCGUGUCAAAUUGGAACCAACACUGAGGAGUGCCUUGUUCGGGUUGGCUCGGCUAUGCACGUCCUCCUUGGGUUCCGUAACAUUCGGACUGACCAACACGGAACUUGUGGAAACGGUCAAAUCCAUAAUCAGUUCAUCUGCUCCUGUUUGGGUUGCCGACGUGCUUACCAUGGACGAUUAUUUCUCCCCUCUUCUUAUGUUAGUUGAAGCGUUCGCUAAUUCAGAAGCAAAUUCCAGCACUUCGACCAGAGCUAAAAGUUCCGAUAACCUAAAAGAAAACGAGUCCGCUGAAAAAACUGCAGAUGUCACGCCGAGUGCCCCCAGUGACCCAGUCCCCGCCGGCGGUAUCCGAGCCACGCUUCGCCAGCUGAUAUUCAAUCCUCUUGAGCUCUCUGUUCUGGUGAACACAAUCGUUCUCACGGUGUUACGCCAUAGCGACCGUAUGGGCUAUUUGGACCGUUAUGGACCGCGAUUGGCCCAGUUGGUAACGGCUGAACAUCUGUGGGAAGAACAUCUGGACGAAUCCGCUGCUUUAAACGCGCUGACGCGCUUAGAAUCUUUCAGUCGCUCAGCUGCCCCUCUGCUCCGUUGGCUGCGAGAUUGCCCCACGCGCCCGGCCGCAAUGAAUUUGAUCACAAUGUGUGACGCACAACUGCUGUCUGCAGACGCCUUCAUUUGGUUUCUGAACCAGUUGAAGCCGGUGAUAACCGAACUAGAAGAGGCUUUGGACAGUUUAUUGGGCCUCGAGGUGGCGGAUGAUUUGGUGAAUGCUGCUGGAUCGAUUACUUCUAGUUCCGCUGGUCGAAAGCAGCUGCCCAAUCAGGGGAUUGUAGCAGGACGUAGUUUACCACCGGCUGGCUUGCUUCUUCUACGCGUCAUCCGAGCUCAUGUAUGUGGAUCACCACCGAGUAAAGAUGUCCUACCGUGUACUGCCCGUCCGGAACAGCAGGUGGUGUUGGGUCGCAACUUGGCCUUGAUUGAACUUUUCAGUGCCAACGGAUUGCACAAGCUGUCUUCUCUGUUGCAGAAGCUGAGUGAAUACUUUCUGCUGCAAUGUCAAGCUCUCGUUUGUCAAGCGUCAUGCUCGUUGGAUUUGCUCGGUAUCAGCACACUGAACUCAAAUAUCAGCCUCGUUUUUGGUAUGCUUGAAGCGGCAGUCCACUUGGUCUCACAACUCCUCAUUACGAUACUACGUGUACGUGAAGAGGACUUUAGAGACAUGACACCCGUCCGACCAUUGUGCCACGCCUAUGCCACCACGAUUUAUGCUGUUGCUCCUCCUGGACCAGCAGCGAAUCAGCUGAGAAGAUUACGGAAAACCGCUGUCGCUGGGCUCUUGGCCUACGGAGCAGGUAGUAUGCCGGCGAACCUAUCUGUAAAAGAUAUUGAAAAAUCCCCGUGGGUUUCGGUCUGUCGCGAAGUAAUUUCCUUUACAAUCGCGGCACCCCUAUACUACCUUCCUGGAUUGAAACUUUUGCUUGAGCUAUUGCCUUUGCCGCUCCCUAUUUACACAAUCGAGCCCUUGGAUGAUGCAAAUCAGAAAAAGUUGCGGUCGGCACGUGAUCAGUGGUCCGUUUACCUCAUUGGAUUGGCUCCGGAGCUGACAGGUCUUGUGGAGUUGUUGGGUGGUACUGAUCCGACUCAGUCGAACCCACUCUACACUGCUCUUCAACAACUAAUCACACGUUUGGCCGAUCUCGGUUACCCGUGUGCUACAUUUUUGGCUACAUCUUGUUUGGAUUCUCUGUUUGCCGUUUGGGAUGAGUUGACCGAAGAGCAACGCAAACUGCCCAGUUCGGCGGCUGUUGCAGAUGGUUCGAAUGCUGAAGACUCAGACAAAGCAAGCAAUCCCGCUCGCUUGGAAACCAGCACCACCACAGUAUCAGCAUCAAUAGGCGAGUCCAGUUUAUCCGCAGCGACAACCGAUAACUCACAGACAACAGUGACAGUAGGAACUCCAAGUGCUCGGCUAAUGCUCCAUUCGGUCGUCCGUAGCGAGACGGAUAUCAAUGUCGAAUUAUCUGCAAGUACCGACUCCAUGACCCUGACAACCGGUGUGCAACCAAGCUCGUGCAAAUUCACUGACCUGGAUGAUCCUAGUGAACUCGCAUCAGCCUUGUCCCUGCUUUAUGCAAACCUUCAGGUUCCCGCUUGUCGCUUCGCUUUGCUUUAUUUGUUGCGUCAGAGCUGCGCACCACGUGACUUAUCCACGCGCGGAUCGAAACCCAUUGAAGAAAGCCAACAGAAGCUGGAACGUAUCCGAAAGAGUCAACUACUAAUGCUGGCCGAGAGUAUACUUUCCGUUUGUUCGGAGAAAGCUCAAUAUGUCCGUGUCCAGAUGUUGUUGCUGAAAUGCCUGGCAUUACUGGUUAGUCCCAGUCUCGCUUUGAAUGGAUUUACCAACAGUGGGGACGAGCAUCUACUAUGGGACGGACAUCCCCAAGUCUGCAAUGAAGUUAAACUGGUUGAAGGUCUGCCGGAUAAUGCUUUCUGUCAAGAGCUUAUUACCAUACUAGUCAAGCAUGUCAUCACUCCAGAACGUGAUAUGACCACCCUACCAGCCGCUCUAUUACCCCUUUUGCUUUUAAGUCAGCACGACUCCGGUUUCCUCUUGGUUCAAAGCGCCCUCGAUAGCCCUGUUGCCCAGUUAGAUGGGCAACAUUUGUUCGCCAACAUGGUCCAGCGAGUAAAUGAUUGUUUCAGCGCAGAGAAUCCCGACUGUCAAGCCACCCUUGCUGGUUGUCUUUCGCUACUACAGUCCCUACUUAUCGGUCGAACCACGCUUCCCCUUACUUUUUCUUCCGAAUCGAAUGGGAUAGAAAUGACCCAUAUGAUGGACAAACUUCGUCGACUGCACAUAUCUGGUGCUCGUGUGAGGGAUUGGCUGGGUUGGUCGAGUGGUGGAGACGAAGGCAAACCCGUGCGAGACUUACAUGCACUUUUGGAGAUGUUGGCUGAUGAUGAACCUUCUUUGGAAUAUUUGCGUAGUGGGAUGAAGAAUCUGUUAUCUCUACUGUCAGAGGAGUUUGACGUUCCUGCAUGCGAGGAGAGUGCUUUGGAUUCCAGCACACUAAUCAAACCUCGGCCGAUCGAAGAGCUAUUUGCUAGCCGCCCAUAUUUCAUAUCGCUUUUGUCCUCAUCUGCGUCAGUUUCAGAGGAGGAAUAUCGGCGUAUGUUCAUUGCACGCUGGUGUUUGUACAACAGGUUCUCCCGCAAUCGGUCUAUUGUUGAUGUCCCCGGGGAUACCUCAGACACGGCACCAUAUCUGGUCACGUGCAAUCUGUCAGAACUAGCCGCAGGUCACUGCAACACUCCCAGCAUUCGUGAUGAACUGCUCAAAUGUGGUCGCCAACGUGAUUCAGCCGAGACCGCCAUACGACAUCAAAAACGUCGGCGUGGACAAACUUCUAUAAUCGAGACUGGCAGAACUUCGAAAAAAUUUGUUGCACCCAUGCGUGGACGUGGAUUCAUGUUACGGACUGGGCCGGGUGCCUCCGGCGGCUCCACAGGCACAUCCAAUUCCGGUCCAACUGGUUCAAUUUCGGGCACUGGCCGGCUUGAUCCCUUUCGGUCGAGACCCUUAAACACUAGCCGACCUCCAAGUUUGCAUGUGGAUGACUUUACAAAGCUAGUCAAAGAUGACACCGUGAUAGAGGAUGUUUCGCGUUCUCGACUAUACCGCGAUGGGCGUAACUUCCGGGGUCGUGGUUCCCGCAUCAACUCGGGUCGUGGUGCCUCAACCAACGUCAAUUCUUCAGGCGCGUUGCACCCGACUUUGCCGUUCGCUUUUGGUGUCCCUGCCCUAAAUCCGCUAAGCGCGACAGCGUUACUCCCGGGCUGGCCGAAUAUGGCCCGGACCUUUCCCCUAUUCCCCUCCAACAUGGAUUCACGGAACACCCCAGGGCGUCGGGAUCGCCCACUUCGAUGAUAACUGAUCGACCACGUGUAUAGAAC